AUGCAAAACGAGAGGGAACUGAAGGCGAUGGAAGAUAGCAAUGGAUUUUCCUGGCAAAGAGGCGAAAUGAAGAGACAAGAAUCAUCCACAGACGACGUCUUCUUGAUCGAGAAACAAACCACUACUACUGCUGCUGGAAGCAAUGGCCAUUUCAAUAAGCGAUGCCAUGAUUCUUGUACCAUCAAUCAGACCUAUUUCCAGCGUUGUAUGGAUCGACUUAAAGCUACAGCUAAUGGCAAUCAUUACUCACCCUUAUUACAACUGUUAACUCAAAUUGAUAACCUUACCGACCAAAUUGAAAAUCAUUUUAUCUCCUUGGACAAGUUGUCCGAUAGCGAGAAAUCACUGAUUGGCUACGUCCAGUGUAUCAAGAUAGAUAUGAUUCACUUAGUCGAUCAUCAUUUAUGGUAUAUAUUAGAUAGGAUUCAUACCUACGAUUGUUGGCAAGAUGGUACCAAAGGCAAUGGCUAUCGAUCUGUUUUAACCGUGAUGCAGUCAUGCUUAGUUAAAAUGAAAACAGUUUUAGCCAGUGUUCAAGUCAACAUGAAAAAAUUACUCUUUCGUUUAGCCAAAUAUUUGACUGAAUUGGAAGAUUUUACGCGUGUUUUCUCUCAUCUAGCCAGUAUGUUACAAGCCAUGAAACAACUUAUGAUGUUAACAUCGGACGGUCGAUUAUUUCAUGAAUUCAAUAAUACAUCCCAUGAUUUUUUACAGCAAGUGGAUAAUUUAGAUCAAGAAUGUUUUUAUGGCCGCGUUUUCGCAUUUCAAUAUCCGGACUCGAUCGCGAAUUCUUUAAAAGUAAUUAAUCUUAUGAUGGCGGCCUAUGGUGAAGCUUUUGCCCGUCAUAAUAAUAUUGCUGUGCGCGCUGCUGGUUUAGUAUUGUAUAGUGCCAAGUAUUAUUCGAAUCCACAAUUAAAAGCGAGACAAAUUGUCGAUUUAUCCAAAAAUCAACAGAUAGAAUUUACUAAAUCAUUUUGGCAGCUGAACGAAAAUCAGCUAUUACGGCAUGUACCGUCUUUGCUGUGUAACUCGGUUGCCGUUAACCAAACCAUUCAAGUUAAAAUGGAAACGAUGAAUAUUCACAACACGGAUAACAAACUGAUGGUGAUACCAUUCCCUGGAAAUAAUCCUGAUGCAGUGAUCAAUAUGAGAUUACUGUCAUAUUACGCUCGGAAAGGACAGGAAGUGAAUAAGUUGGUCACAUUUAUGACAACGCUGCAAUUUCGUGAAAUGCCAUACUCGAAAGGAAUCGUAAUCCAUUUCCAUGGCGGAGGAUUUAUUGCUCAGUCUUCCAGAUCACACGAGAUUUAUCUAAGGUCUUGGGUAAGAAAUUUGGAUGUGCCAGUUGUUAGUAUAGACUAUACCUUGUCACCGGAAGCUUCAUUUCCUUACGCUAUUGAAGAAUGCUUUUAUGCCUACUGUUGGAUAUUGCAACAUAUUUCAUUGAUGGGUUCUACUGCAGAAUAUGUAUGUUUGACUGGUGAUUCAGCAGGUGCUACGCUUGCCGUAUGUGUCGCUAUGAGAGCUGCUGAAUAUGGUCUUCGAAUACCUGAUGGCAUCGUGUGCUCAUAUCCUGCUUUCAUGUUUAGAAAUGCUGCUUCUCCAUCACGUUGUUUGUCCUACUUCGAUCCGUUAUUGCAGCAAGGAUUUCUAACAACCUGUUUGUCCGCCUAUCUUGGCGUUACAGUCGACAACGCUCACGUAAAUAAAUCAUCGACAACUUCCAAUGGAAUAGACAAAGUAGAUAAUGAUAACAUUGUUAAUGGCGAUAUAGUAGAUGAAAAUAAUAACAUUCAGUGUACAAAAGAUGUUCCUAAAAACGAAAGCAGCAGCCCAAGACCAAUCCUUUCCUUAACCGAUCAUGUACUUGAUAAUCCAUAUUUAUCACCUCUUCUAGCUGACGAUAAUCUAUUAUCCAAAAUACCGCCUAUGAGAAUUAAUGCAUGCGAUCUUGAUCCAAUAUUGGAUGAUUCAAUUGCAUUUGCUCGACGUCUGAAAAGGGUUGGUGUAGAUGUUCAAGUACGGGUAUUUUCUGAGUUACCGCAUGGUUUUCUAAAUUUUGUGUAUAUUAGUGAAGAAGCUACUGCUGCUUCUGAUGAGAUUGUCAGUCAAAUGAAGUCAUUUCUAUCUGAUAGCACCUCAAGCUAG